AUGGGGUACAAAGCUCUGUGCUUUGGAUUCUCUUGUAUUUUAUUUGCUUAUUGUCUUUAUUCUCCCAUUCCAGAGAAUAUUGAAGAACCCUGGAAAGUGAGAUAUGUGGAUACGCUUAUAAAAGUUGUUUCACGUAUGGCCACAUUAUUUGAAAACAUAGGUCUCAUGAAAUAUGAAAAAAUAUUUUCAACUGCGACAGCAUUUUACAUUACACAAGCAGUUUCAGAUGAAAACAUUACAGUGAUUGACACAGACUUCAGUAACAUCCCUGUUCGUUUGUACUUGCCAAAGAAGAAACUUGAAAGAAAGCGACCAGCUGUGAUUUACAUCCAUGGUGGUGUAUUUGUCGCAGGAAGUUGCAAGAUGAAAGCUCAUGACAACCUAAACAGACUCACGUCGAACAAACUUGGUGCUGUUGUUGUAGGAAUUGACUACAGACUUGCCCCUCAGCAUCCAUUCCCAGCUGCCCUUGAAGACUGUGUUUCUGUGAUCAAGUUCUUUCUCCAGGAUAGUGUUCUUGCCAAAUACAAAGUGGAUCCCUCUCGCAUAUGCAUUAUGGGAGACAGUUCUGGGGGCACCUUGGCAGCAACCGUGACUCAGCUGCUACGGAAUGAUCCAAAAUUCAAAAAUAGAAUCAAGGCCCAAGCCUUGAUAUAUCCUGGCCUACAGAUGAUUGACACCUUUCUGCCAUCUCACCGAGAGUAUGAACAUGGUCCAAUCCUGUCCAGGGACAUGAUGCUCAAGUUGGCAUCGCUAUAUGUGACUAACGACUCAUCACUGAUCCAGGCCUUACUGAGAAAUGAGCACAUGCCGGAAGGAUCCAGACACCUAUUCAAGUUUGUUAACUGGAGUGACUUCCUUCCUGAGAAAUAUAAAAAGAACCAUGUUUACAUUGAACCAGUUCUUGGAAAAUUGAAUGCUUCCUACCCAGCGCUUGUGGAUAGCAGGCUGUUUCCUUUGCUAGUCAAUGACUCCCAGUUACAGAAUUUGCCACUAACUUAUAUCCUCACUUGCGAGCAUGAUCUAUUAAGAGAUGAUAGUUUCAUUUAUAUCACUCGGCUUAGAAACGUUGGAGUUCAAGUCGUUCAUGACCACAUGGAGGGAGGAAUUCAUGGAGUUCUAUCAUUCACUACAGGUUCAGUGGUUUUACAUCUAGGAUUUAAAAUAAGAAAUAGGUAUAUUCGUUGGUUAGAAGAAAACCUAUAA